AAAUUUUUUUUUGUAAAUAGAAAAAAAAUGUCGAAAAAAUUUCCAAAAAAUAAUCGUUCAACAAAUAGUGGGGGCGGUAGUAAAUCCAACAAUAAAAGCCGCAGUAAUAGCAGUAAUAAUUUCUUCAAAGUUGAUCCAAAACGAGCAAUAAAAGCAAAAAAGAAUAAAGCAAAUGUUAAAUAUAAAAAUGAAAUGAACCAUCAAGCUGUUGUUGAAUUGAAUAGAAAUUUGGAUUACAUACGAAAGAAUCGAAAUUCGUUUGAAAAAAUUCAGAAACCGGAAAAGACAUUCAUCAAUCCAAUGGCCAUUUAUAAUACGAAUGAAAAUAAUUAUCAUCAAUCAUCAUCGUCAUCGAAAACAGCAAAUGAUCUAAACGAUGCAAUCGAUAGAUUGUCCAAUUUGUAAACUGUCAAAUCAUCAAUUGAAUGCAAUUUGAAAUGAAAUGAUGAAAAAAAACGCCUUUUUUCAAAAAAAUGAUGAAUAUUU